UUCCCCGCUUGGACUUCAGUUCGGUCUAAGUCGGGUGGAGCCUAUGAGGGCUUGAAGAGAAGAAAGGAUUUACUCAACAGCUAAGCAGUUUAUAGAAUCACCGCUACGACAACGUGGUUAUUAAUUUAGACUGUAAAAUGACGACGACCACCACUUACCAGGGGAUGGACCCAAGUGCGAAAAAUAGUUCCAGGGUACUGCGGCCCCCCGGCGGAGCCUCGAACAUAUCCUUCGGCACAGACGAGGAGAAGCCACCGGCCCGUAAGAACAGAACCGCCUCCAACAUCUUUGCGGAGCCAGAUGACCCCCACGCUCAUCGACGGAACAACCCCCCCGGCGGGAAGCCCACGGGGGUGCUGUGUGGAGAGCCGUCCGCCCCCCUGAGACGAUGCCACCACGCUGCCAACCAGAACAACUCUGUGCCUGAGGAGGCCUCCGCUGGGGACGGAGAGGCGGAGCCGUCCAGCGCUGCAUGCGAAGAGGAGGUGCCGGAGGAGGUCCCGGAACAGAAGGAGGAGGCGCCACAGCCCUCGGCCCCCACAGUACCCGCCGGGGCCCCCGCGGGUCGGAGGAACCCCCCCGGGGGCAAGUCCAGCCUGAUCCUGGGUUGAAGGAGCCUCUUUCUCCGCGAACUCUUUCAUCAUUAUUUUUGAAAAAAAAAAAAAAGAACCCCCCCA